UCAGUGUGAUCUUUGACAGUGAAAGUUGUUUUUGCGGCUUUUCCUCGCUUUUUCACGCAUUUUCGCUGCUUUUACGGGUUUUCUAAGCAUUUUUUCUACACAAAUCCAAGAUGACCAGCCUUAAGCUCGUGUCCUCCAAUCGCAUCUUCGGCGGUGACCAGCGCGUGUACUCGCACGAGUCCAAGGAGUUGUCUUGUGAGAUGAAAUUCGCGGUUUUCCUGCCGCCUCAGGCGCAGGACGCCGAGGCGAAACUUCCGGUGCUCUUCUGGCUCAGCGGAUUGACGUGCACAGAGGCGAACUUCGUGCAGAAAGCCGGCGGUCAGCGGACAGCCGCCGAGUUGGGUGUCAUCAUUGUCUGUCCAGACACUUCGCCGAGGAACGUGAAUCUGCCUGGUGAGGAGGAUUCCUGGGAUUUCGGCUCCGGCGCGGGUUUCUACGUGGACGCCAGCGAGGAGCCGUGGAAGAAGCACUACAGGAUGUUCAGCUACGUGACCAGGGAGCUGCUGGAGCUGGUGGAGGCCAACUUCCCGUGCGAUCUGGAGCGCAAGGGCGUCUUUGGACACUCAAUGGGCGGUCAUGGUGCGCUCGUGUGCGCGCUGAAGAAUCCCGGCCUGUUCCGGAGCGUCUCCACCUUCGCCGCCAUCGCGAAUCCCAUCAACUGUCCGUGGGGACAGAAGGCGUUCACCGGCUAUCUGGGCGCCAAUCGCGAGUCCUGGAAGAGCUGGGACGCGACGGAGCUGGUGAAGACGUACAACGGGCCGCCGCUGGAGGUGUUCCUGGACCAGGGCGACGCCGAUCAGUUCCUGAAGGAGCAGCAGCUGCUGCCGGACAACCUGGCCGGCGCCUGUCGCGCGGCCAACUUCCCAUUCAUCCUGCGGACGCGCGAAGGCUACGAUCACAGCUACUUCUACAUCGCGUCCUUCGUGGAGGAGCACAUCCGGUACCACUUCGAGAAGCUCCAGUGAAGGACCAUCAAAUGAUGUGCAUGUGAAUUGUGCAAAUAUACAAUUUCUCUGGCAAUUUAAACUUGCUCUGC